AUGUCGACUCCUCCUGUCUUGACAUCGCAGCAGAAAGUUACGGCUAAGCGCGUGGCAAAACCCGUCCUUGGUACUCCUGCGCCGGUAUGGUCCGAGAUGGGUGAGGACGACAAGGAGACCAAACUUAGGCUUUUCAUGGAGCGCUUAAGGGAGACGCAAAACACUUCCAUCGCCGAUAAGCUGGAAGAGGAUGUUCCCCUAGCAUAUAAGAUCCUGCAAGAGAAAGCUAAAUCAAUGCGUUCCGAGGAGAGGAAGAAGGCGCUGUAA